CCAACAACACGUCAGUCAACGCUGGGAAGGGUUCCAUCCAUUCAACCGUAACCCUCCCAUCCUUUCCUUUUCCUGCCGUUUUUAUUUUUUUUAUUUUAAUUUCUUUGUGUCCCAUUUUCGAUUCUGGCUCCAUCUAGGAAAGAUCCAGAUAGUUCUGAGCACUUUUCUUGGACUCUUUUCAAUCGAGCAUAAUCAACAAAAAUGGUGUCUUCGUCCAAGGAAAAGAGACUCGCGAAGAAGGCCGCCGAGGGCAAGGAGCCCAAGAAGACGGUUGCCUCUCGCUCCAAGGCGGGGUCCAAGGCCGGCUCUAAGGUCGCUAGCGCCACCGGCUCCGUCAACGGCGAUGAGCCCGAACUCGAUGCCAAUGGAAACCCCAUCGUGAGCGACGAGCCCGCGACAGGCGCCGACAAGGCCGACGAGGUCAAGCGCCUGGCAGACCAGAUGGACAAGCAUGGAUUGUCCGACAGAGUCACCACUGGUGUCCUGGCCUCCCUCGAACAGAGCAAGGACGUCAAGAUCACCAGUGCCAGUCUGGUGUUCCACGGUCGUGUCCUCAUUACCGACACCACUCUCGAGCUCAACUUUGGUCGCCGGUACGGCCUCUUGGGAGAGAACGGAUGCGGCAAGAGUACCAUACUCAAGGCCAUCGCCGCACGCGAAUACCCCAUCCCGGAGCAUGUCGAUAUCUACCUCCUCAACGAGGGUGCACCGCCAACUGAGUUGGGCGCACUCGAGUGGGUUGUGACAGAGGCCGAGAACGAGAUGAAGCGUCUCGACGCGCUGGCCGAGAAGCUGUUGGAGGAGGAGGGUCCCGAGAGCCCCGUCCUCAUGGAUCUUUAUGAGCACAUGGACAAGAUGGACCCUUCCACCUUCUCAACCCGUGCAUCUCUUAUUCUUACCGGUCUUGGCUUCAACAAGCAAACCAUCCACAAGAAGACAAAGGACAUGUCUGGUGGCUGGAGGAUGCGUGUUGCCCUGGGCAAGGCCUUGUUCGUCCGACCUUCGCUCCUGCUUCUCGACGACCCUACCGCACAUUUGGAUCUGGAGGCCUGUGUGUGGCUUGAGGAGUACCUCAAGAAGUGGGACAGGACGCUUGUGCUCGUCUCGCACUCUAUGGACUUCUUGAAUGGUGUCUGCACCAACAUGAUCGACAUGCGCAUGAGGCAGUUGAUCUACUACGGUGGUAACUACGACUCGUACAUCAAGACGAGGUCGGAGCAGGAGACCAACCAGAUGAAGGCCUACCAUAAGCAGCAGGAGGAAAUUACCCACAUCAAGAAGUUCAUCGCCAGUGCCGGUACAUACGCCAACUUGGUCAGGCAGGCCAAGUCGAGGCAGAAGAUUCUGGACAAGAUGGAGGCCGAUGGAUUCAUCCAGCCCGUUCACCAGGACAAGGUAUUCACUUUCCGUUUCGCCGAUGUUGAGAAGCUGCCCCCUCCAGUCCUGUCAUUCGACAACGUCUCUUUCGCCUACUCGGGCGAAGCAAAGGAUGAUCUCUACAAGAACCUCGACCUCGGUUUCGACAUGGACUCGAGGACAGCACUGGUGGGCCCCAACGGUGUCGGCAAGUCGACGCUGCUGCGCCUCAUGACGGGCAAGCUUUCUCCCCGUGAAGGUUCCGUCACCAGGCACACGCACUUGAAGAUGGGUCUGUACUCGCAGCACUCGGCCGAGCAGCUCGACCUGACCAAGUCAGCCCUCGACUUUGUGCGUGACAAGUACUCAUCCAAGUCCCAGGACUACCAGUACUGGCGCCAGCAGCUCGGCCGCUAUGGUCUUACUGGCGAGGCCCAGACUUCCCUGAUUGGUACCUUGUCGGACGGUCAGAAGAGCAGAAUUGUGUUUGCCCUGCUGGCCAUCGAGAGCCCCAACAUGUUGCUUUUGGACGAGCCCACAAACGGUCUGGAUAUCCCGACAAUCGACAGUUUGGCAGAUGCCAUCAACGCCUUUAGCGGUGGUGUUGUUGUCGUCAGUCACGAUUUCAGGUUGCUUGACAAGAUUGCGAAGCAGAUUCUGGUGUGCGAGAACAAGACCAUCAAGCCUUGGGACGGCACGAUAGGCGAGUACAAGAACUACCUCCGCAAGAAGAUGUUGGCGGCCGGUGCUGUGUAAUGGGUUUGUUUUACCUCGGCUCUCUUUUUUUCUUCUUUUAUUCCCGUGUCUCUUGUCUGUUGCGUCAAGAGCUAAAAAGUGCUUUUUGGCUGCCUUUCCUUCUUCUUUCACAUGGGGCAGGGAUGGUUCUUUUUGUUUUAUGAACCCUACGAAAGGAAUGUUACUUUUUUUUAUGUCUGCCACAUAGAUUGGGUCGUCUGAUAGAAAUGAUGACUAGCCCUACUUUCAAUAUUAGGAUCAAAAUCCUGAACCGUAGUCAUUUGUAAAAUUCGCAGUACGCGAUAAACGAAAGUUGCAAAAUAUUGAGUUUGACAUGAUGUUCUGUUUUGGACAAUUCAUCGCAAUUGGAAGCUCGUCCAGCCGAAACCAAACCUUAGCUGCCGAGGGCCUGGCAAUAGCCCCGCCCAACCCGGCAGCACAAGCAUCACAAUUAUUUCCGACGACGCAAAGACGAGUUCGGACAAGACGACAAUGCAUUUCCGCAAACUUUGAAGAACAACCCGAAGAGAAUUAACGAAUGAUAAAACGAGAGAAAAAAGAACACAAGGAAAAAAAAGCAUAUUUGAAGGCGACUGUAGUUGUUACGCCAUUUUCACGAAAACAAAUAUCCAAUAUGUUGUUAUCUCGACCGUUUGAUGUCUCAAAAAGAUAUGACUGAUGUCAAAAGUGGCUGUAUGCAAGAUUUUGCUUGGUCAAACCGGGAACUCGCGAUAAUUCCGAGGGUUGAAUUUUUGAGUGGGAAGCCAUAGCCGCAAGUGCCAGGGGAUGUCAUGGUUACGGUGUGGGAUUGGAUGGUCGAGUGUGGGCCUAGGCCCGCCAAGAGGAGGGUGUGGAGGUGUGCACUCAGUCAAGUUGAAAACACCAACGGCACAGCGGGUGAUACACAGAUCAGCAUCGAGCAAAAAGGCAUGAGACCAAGAGACCGGUUUUUGC